CAAAAUCCCUUCCUUUUCCCUCUUCGCCUUCUCCCGUUGCGACCUGCUUCCCUCCCCAACUUUCGACGCAGCUUCCUGUCCACCGGCGAAGGCCUUCCGACGCCCCUGAUCCUCCGAUCUCACUGAUCUUAAACUAGGAUUUCUGCACGAACGAAAAUUCUUUGGAGGAGGGAAGGAUGGAGGAUGAUUUUACAUCUUAGCAUGUGAAAAAUUGGGACAAAAAUACUAAUUGACGAUCCAUGGUGAGGGAGUCUAAAGUUGAGCCUUUCUAUGCCCGGCUUCGUGAUGCUGCCUUGGCAUCCUCGUCUUCCCCUCUGCUUAUUUUCCCGUCGGCUUCUGAUGUGGACUCCCUCUGUGCCCUGAAGAUUGUAACCCAUGUCCUCUCAUCUGAUUCAAUUCUUUACUCAGUAUACCCUGUCACUUCGUUUAAUGAAGUUGAUGAAAUAGUCACUCGCAACCUAAGGUUGUUAGAUCAGCACUUCACAUUGCUUCUCAUUAAUUGGGGCUGCCACCGGGACCUCCGUAGGCUGUUGAACCUUGGGCCCGAAGUUCAUGUUUUUGUCAUUGAUAGCCACCGCCCGAUCCACCUUCACAACCUUAAUGAGCAAAACGAGCAGGUUGUCGUUCUUUAUAGUCAGGAAGAUGAACAUCAGGCUGAUCUGGCUUAUGAAUUUGAUGUUUCAGCACUGGCCAACGCAUCUGAUCUGAAUAGUGAUGAUGAAAUUGAUAUGAACUCUGAUAGUGACGAGGAUAGUGCUAGUGACAAUGAUGUGGAGGUCGAAAGAGGGAGCAGGAAGCGCCGUAAAGUCUCACAAGAUCCAGAGUCUGAUCCAGUUAGGCUCUAUACGAAGCUCAAGUCAGAGUAUUACAAGUUGGGUACUUUUCAUGGAAGGCCAUCAGGUUGCUUGAUGUUUGAAUUAGCACAUUCACUGAGAAAGAACACAAAUGGGCUAUUGUGGUUGGCUUGUGUUUCACUCACAGAUCAAUUUGUACAUGAAAGGCUAACCAAUGAGCGGUAUCAAGCUGGAGUUAUGGAACUCGAGCAACAUAUAAACAGCUCAGAAAAUAUGGAUGCUGUAACCUCAGUUACACUCAAAGAUGGUACGAAGAUACAGACUCCUGAGAGUUUUCGAAUAGUCUAUGAAGAUGAACCAAGACUCAUGCUUUUGCGGGAAUGGAAUCUGUUUGAUUCAAUGUUGUGCUCUUCCUAUAUAGCAACCAAACUUAAGACUUGGAGUGACAAUGGUUUGAAAAAGCUGAAGCUAUUGUUAGCCAGAAUGGGGUUCCCCAUCGUUGAUUGUCAAAAGAAGUUUCAAUAUAUGAGCAAUGAAGUGAAACUAAAGAUGAAAGAAGAGUUUGACAGUUUUUUGCCAGAGUAUGGGCUAACUGAUUUCUACUACCGUAGCUUCUUGAUAGUGCAUGGCUAUUGCAAAAAGGUUUCAGCUGCUGAUGUUGUGUAUGGAGUCACAGCAUUGCUUGAGUCAUGUACAGUGGAAAAAGAUUCCUCAUCUUCUGAUUACUUUGGGGAUGCUUUAUCUGCAUUGUCACUGAAAAACAUUGAUCAACUCAGAAAGGGAAUGCAGAGUGCAAUUGAAGUACAGAGGGCUAUUCUCAGGCAAGGAAGCUGUGCAAUUACCAAAAGUGGGGUUAUUAGAAGCGGAAGAAAAUUUCGCUGGUUGAGGCUUGAUGAUCAAGUUGACACUCAUAGGUUAGGCCAUCCCCAGGCACUUACCAAGUUCUGCUAUUUCUUGAUGGAUGCACUGAAGGAAAGAGGGGCAAAGGUGAAACCACUAGUCUGUGCAUGCGCUGCAAAAGAAACCAAUAAGGUUUUGAUUGUUGGCAUCCAUGGCAAACCCCGUCUUGGAGCCAUUCAAGGCAACUCGUUUGGAUUUGCGUUCAGGACAUCAGCUCUUGAAAUUGGUGCUGAAAUUUCUCAUGAUUUGUUUGAUUCUUCUUGGAUACUUUUGGAUACAGGGAUUCUGCAUUUGUUUAUGACAAGAUUAACUGAGAAGCUUUGACGUAUUGUUAUUAGUGGCACACUGAUAUGGAAAUCUUUUAUAAGUAGACUUCAGGAAUGGGUAGUUUUCUCAAAUUGUUGAAUGUUGGAUAGUAGAUAAUUCUGAUCUUGUCAGAGUGCUGGAUAUGUACUAAUUUGUGUUUGUGGUUUCACCUGACCGAUGGAGAAGAAACAAGUAGCAAAAUUUGUCAAGGGGCUACCCAAUUUAUUUUGUUUGAUCUGUGAUAGUAGCUAACAUAUCGAUGGAUCCUUUGCUCUUAAUGUUCACUCGAGAAAGGUCCAGCUUACUUUUGAUUCACCAAGAAGAUUAUUUCAAACUUAUCACGCCUGAACAUAACAGUGAAGCACAAGGAAGCCCCACAUAUUAUUACCUUGUAUCAGUUUCUCUUUUCCCAGAAUCAAUUUCAUUUACAUUUUCAAGGUCAGAUAUCCGCCUCAACAAUAUAUCUGUUCUUCAAUAUUAGUCUUAGUACUUGCUGCAAUUUUUCAUAUUGAGAUUACUUUGAAUGUUAUUUCCUCAAACAACUUAGUUAAUCCUACCUAGUCAAAACUUUUUUAAUAUUCGAUAGAAUGAAAUGCACUGAACAUGAUGUCUUAUAUGAAUAAUAAUGAGAAUAAAGAAAUAAAUCUGAGAAGAAUUUAGCAUCAAUUACUACUCAUCAUAUAGGGGAGUCCUCAGUAGGUUUCAUCAGUAAAUUUAGUCAAACCGCUGAGCUUUUUUGCAGCUUAUUUUCUCUGUGGUCAAUGAAGUUGGUCGAUGAGUACAAAUCAUGCUUUGCUUCAAAGAUGUUAAAUUACUUGCCACCUUCAAUCUUCUCGGUUAUUCUCGUUUUCCUGAGGAGCUUGUGAAUCUGAAAGGAGAGUGCCGUCAAUAUACCAAUAGGUAUUUAUGAUAAAAUAGUAGAAAAACAACUCAGGUAUAGACCUCUCCAU